AUGUCGUCGCCCAUUAUCACUACUACUACUAUUAAUAAUAACCCGAAAAUAAUAAUUGCCUUUUUUAUUUUCUCCCUCCUGCUCAUCGCCGCAUCCACUAAUUUCUUCACCAGUAACAGCUCACACAGCUACGACCUCCCCAUCCCCGUCAAGAUCUACGGACCAGAUGAAGCCGUCCUCCUCUCUCUCAAAUCCCAUUGGACCGGCUUCCAAUACGCCGACUCCUGGAUAGAAGGCACCAACUGCUCCACGUGGCACGGCGUCUACUGCGACUCCACCUCCGGCGCCGUCACAGACCUCGAUCUCACCAGCACGUCGCUCAACGGCACGAUCCCGCCCGCGAUUGGAAAUCUAACGGCUCUCACGAGCCUGGUGUUCAAGGGGAACACGCUCACGGGGACUCUUCCGUCGUCCAUUGGUCUGCUAACCCGCCUGCAGACUCUGUUCAUUUCCGACAACGGUCCCGGCUUGCGCGGGAGCAUUCCGGCCGCACUCUCGCGUUUGUCGAACCUCGACUAUUUGGAUCUGCCGCGAAACCGUUUCUCGGGUCCCAUCCCUGAGUUUAUCCUAGGCGGGACGAUGAAGAAAUUAAUCUCCUUCGAUCUCUCCGCGAAUCGCCUCACGGGAAGCAUUCCGGGGGGGAUGCUCAGCGGCCUUUCCGGUCUGAAGCAUCUCGGUAUUGCCGACAACCGGCUGACUGGUAGCAUUCCGACGGAGAUCGGCAAGCUGACGGCGCUGAGGAUCCUGCUGAUUGACAAAAACCGGUUGGAAGGGCCGCUGCCGUCAAGUCUGAAGGCGUGUACUGGUCUGAAGUUGCUGGCGGCUGGAGAUAACCGUUUGGGGGGCCUGCUUCCUGUGAACACUCUGUUGCAACUGACGCAGCUGGAGAGCCUUUUUCUGCAUAGCAACGGCAUUGUUGUUACUUCGCUAGCCUCUCUCGUGCUCCACCCGACGCUGAGAAACGUCGAGCUGAGCCUAAACAAGGUCGCUCCGCGAAUCCUUGCAACCGUUGGGCGAAUGAAAAGCAUUGAGUUCCUGAAUCUGUCGAGAAACGGGCUGUCAGGAUCUGUUCCAGCGUCUCUUCUAGCCUAUCAGCCGAAGCUGCGUGCACUCGACCUGUCUUUCAACAGGCUCUCGGGAAGCUUCCCUUGGACUGAGCUGCGAGGCGCGCCAGAGUUAGUGUGGCUGAGCAUCCAGAGCAACAUGCUUUCCGGCAGAGUUCCAGAAGAUCCGUUCAAGGGGCUCUUCAUUUAUAAUCUCAACAUGUCGAACAAUUUCUUCGGGGGAUGUUUGCCCAAUUUCGGUAUGCCAGACAGGGAUUGCAAUCUAGACGCGAGUAACAAUUUCUUCUCGGGCAGACCAGAGAUACAGUCGUGGGGAAAACGAGUCUGCCCGAUCGAAGUGCCUGACGACGACUACUACGAAAACGCGCACCUCAAUGUGUCUCGCAACUGCCUUUCGCCUGUGCCUGGUUGCAACGUUACACCGCAACGCAGGCCUGCUUCGUGCGCGGCAUUCUGUGGCACGAAUGGAAAGUCGGGAGCGUGCGGAGGGCAUGGUACGUGCCAGCCUACACCAGUGGGUGGGAAGACCAGGUGGCGAUUUUCCUGCGUGUGCGAUGAUGGUUACUCGUUGAAGGCGCCGAACGUGUUUGUGUGUGAACGCACAGCAGCAGCUAUGGCCAAAGAAGCAGGAUCCUAG